AUGCUUCUUGGCGGCCCCAAGAGUGAAGGAGGCCCCAGUGAAGGAGGCCCCAAGAGUGAAGGAGGCCCCAGUGAAGUAGGCCCCAAGAGUGAAGGAGGCCCCAAGAGUGAAGUGAAGGAGGCCCCAGUGAAGGAGGCCCCAAGAGUGAAGGAGGCCUCAAGAAGUGAAGGAGGCCCCAGUGAAGGAGGCCUCAAGAGUGAAGGAGGCCCCAGUGAAGGAGGCCCCAGUGAAGGAGGCCCCAAGAGUGAAGGAGGCCCCAGUGAAGGAGGCCCCAAGAGUGAAGGAGGCCCCAAGAGUGAAGGAGGCCCCAGUGAAGGAGGCCCCAAGAGUGAAGGAGGCCCCAAGAGUGAAGGAGGCCCCAGUGAAGGAGGCCCCAGUGAAGGAGGCCCCAAGAGUGAAGGAGGCCCCAAGAGUGAAGGAGGCCCCAAGAGUGAAGGAGGCCCCAGUGAAGGAGGCCCCAAGAGUGAAGGAGGCCCCAAGAGUGAAGGAGGCCCCAGUGAAGGAGGCCCCAAGAGUGAAGGAGGCCCCAGUGAAGGAGGCCCUAAGAGUGAAGGAGGCCCUAAGAGUGAAGGAGGCCCCAAGAGUGAAGGAGGCCCCAAGAGUGAAGGAGGCCCCAAGAGUGAAGGAGGCCCCAAGAGUGAAGGAGGAGUGAAGGAGGCCCCAAGAGUGAAGGAGGCCCCAAGAGUGAAGGAGGCCCCAGUGAAGGAGGCCCUAAGAGUGAAGGAGGCCCCAGUGAAGGAGGCCCAAAGAGUGAAGGAGGCCCCAAGAGUGAAGGAGGCCCCAGUGAAGGAGGCCCCAAGAGUGAAGGAGGCCCCAAGAGUGAAGGAGGCCCCAAGGGUGAAGGAGGUUGCGGAUGGAUAUCGGAGGAUCUGGCGAAAGAGUUUGCAAGGGCAUCGGGACACAAGCCCUACUUGA